GGAAGGAGUGUAGAGAGAGAACCACGGGAACGUUUGUGAGAUAGAAGAUAAUCAGCUGAUUCGGGGCAAAACAUUGGCCAGUUCUCUGUAUUCUAUACGUGAAUCGCUUAGUUUUUUAGUUUUAUUUGUACUUUUCCUCAUUUUUGUGCGAAAUUUUUGUGAAAUUAUUAUUCACUUCUGAUUCUUUAGGAUGGUAAAGUCGUGUUCGGCAUAUAAUUGUACGCAAAGGUACAGAAAAGGCAGUGGGAUUUCAUUUUUCUCUUCUGAAAACUACUUGGAGUCUGUGAAUAUCAAUACCAAGGAUUGCUCUGAAAAACCUCAGAUUCAAACUAAAACAAUAAGGAGGAGGCAUUAUUUUAGGGAUGUGAAAUAUUCUGCUCUGAGUACAGCUGAAGCCAAAAUGGUUUGGAAUAUUGCCAAUAGGAGUAUUGAGAAAAUUAGAAAAGAAAAUAAUAGAUUAAGAACUAAACACAUAAAUUACAUAGCAGGGUGAAGGGUGAUAAAGUUGAAAGAACUGAUAUUGCAUUUGAAAACUUCUAAAAAUGUCUCUCAAAAUUGUUAUGACAUAAUGCAGGUAAAAGACAAGUAUGAACUGGAGGCCUAUAAAGAAUCAUUGACUGAUGCAAAUUAAUGCAUGUUGAGGAAUUACAUUUGUUUCAGAAUUUUAUUUUAUUUUGGCUCAGUAAGGAUGGUGCUUCCUUUUUCCAGAAACUUAAAGGUAUAGCCCACAUAUUUUCUUUCAUUUAUAAAUAUCUGGGGUAAGUAUGUAGGUGAGUAAUCUUUGAAUCUUGGUAUUCCAUAAUUUUUUUUUUUAGAUUUGUGGGUUGGAGAUAUUUGAAUUGUUUUGUGAUUCGCUUAAAAUAUUUUAUGUUACAGGAAUGUAUUCCGAAGGCUGAACAGGACUUGUUGUUGAGACAACUCAAAAUUUGAACAAAUAAUUUAUUCAGAUUUGUAAUUUCAAUUAUUCCACCAGAUGUAUUCAAAUUCUCUUCAACUUGAAAAUAAAUUUCUUUGAUCAU